GCUGCUGAUUGGCUAAAGAACACCAAACACUUGAUGAGUGAGGAUAAUGAAGAGGUUCACGAGGUCCUUGGUCUUUCCGUUCGUGAGGUGGUGUUGCUGCUGGCUCGAUGUCUGACCCAAUUGGGUCAAACUGAUGAAGCUUUCAAUCUAUUAAAGUCCCAGCCUGAUCUCGCAGAGAAGACACCUGAUCUGAUGGAUCUAUACAUGGCACAACCGAAAGGGUCUAAAAAUUUGUUUCCCACUUUGUCAAAAGCGUAUAGUGCUUGCUGCCGUAACUCUCAUACCCCAAUUCCCACCAGACUUCUUUGCCGAUACAACUCCACCUCUACACCAUUUUUGAAAAUAGCACCUUUAAAAAUGGAGGAGAUUUCUCUGGACCCGUAUGUCGUUGUCUACCACGAUGUCCUGGCCGAACGGGCUAUCGCAGAAGUUCUACGUUUGAGCGAGACUAAAGUGGAACCUGUAAGGGUUGUUCAGCCCAUAGGAACCAUAAGAUGGGAAAAUGUUCGAUCCGCCUUGGGAUUUUGGUUGCCAGAACUUGGUGAAGACAUCAACGGACCCAAUGGACCACUGUACAAACACAUUCUAAAUAUAGUGAGGGAUAUUACCGGAUUCGUUAUUGGGAAUGAGCAACACUAUCAGGUUCUAAAAUAUGAAUUCGGGGGCCAUUAUUCCCCGCAUUGCGACUUUUUUAACAUGUCGAUACGAUUAACGCGACAGAAAGGAGAUCGCAUCGCCACCGUUUUGUUUUAUCUUAAUGAUGCACCACAUGGCGGUGCUACGGUAUUCCCCGAUUUGAUGGUUAAAGUCCCGGCCCAGAAAGGAAAGGUAUUGUUUUGGCAUAAUCUUAGGGGAGAGACCCACGACUUUGAUGUCAACACACUUCAUGGGGCCUGUCCUGUUUUCCAUGGCACCAAACUGGUAAUAAUCAAGUUCAUGUACCAGGAUUAG